AAGUAGCCGUUGUCCGCCUGUACCAUUUCAAAUUCGAAAAGACCAAAUUAGAAAAAUGGCAUCCACAGCUCCACCAUCACCUUUCCCCGACAAUCAGAUCCACCGCCCAAAAAGUGGCCGGAAACCCCUUCAGCCCAAGAAUACUAAUACUCCGGCAACUCCCAAUAAUCAUCCCAAGCCCAAAACUCUACAAUCGAUAGGAAUCUCACUAACCCAAAACUCAAACAAAGAGAAUCUCCAUCCAAAAGGAGAAAAGCUACUGCCCUGCAUUCAGGCGGAAGUACCAUUCGAUUCAUCAUUAGCUGAGGAGCUGAGCGCCAUUCGUGAGAAGCUCGAGAGACUGAGAAUCGAUAGAGAGAAGACGGAGAAGAUGUUGAAAGAAAGGGAUCUGUUGCUGGAUUUGCAGAUGAAAGAGUUGUUCAACAGAGGAGAGCUGCAGAAAGAGCUUGAGCUUGAAGUCGAUCGCCUUUUCCGAUUGAAAGAGCUCAGAUUAUCCUGCAUGCAGAAAAUUUCUCCGAUUCGAACUCUCAGGGAGAAGGAAGAAGAAAAGAAGAUGAAUGGAUAUCAGCCCAAGGAGCUGAAUUAUGACGAAGAAGAUGACAUCAGGACUGAAAGCUCAUCGGAGAACGACCCCAGUGCCAUAGGGAAUGAAAUUAUAGCUAUAGUCACUACUCACUAAGCAAUUGUUUUCUGUUGUUCGAAAACUCUUCAAACAUCAUUUUCCUUUUUUCCUACAUCAUGAGAAAUCAAUAUAAUUUAUCAUCAAUUUACUGGUUGGUUGGUGAAGGUA